CACCACUUUCACCUCGGGCCUCUAAAUAUGCGCAGGGACAAUGAUUGAUGUACCUCGGCGUCUCCGCCGUGCCAUUUUGCUCAACGAUCUCACCCUCGUAAAGCGCAUUGUGCGCAACAAUCCGAAUUAUCUGCGCAAUCCGGACUUUGAGGAUAAGAGUAAUAUGUCGCUGCAUCUUGCGGCUAUGAAUGGGUUUACUCAGAUCGCUGAAUUCCUGAUAGAAGCAGGCCAUGAGAGCGACCUUGUCAGUCGAAAUAAUGACUGGGAAACGCCGCUCAUGUUAGCUGCUAUAGCGGGGAAGGAGGACAUGGGUGUCAUGCUGGCAAAGCGGUUUCCGGAGUGCAUCUCCUGGCAGAACAAAACGGGACUGGACGCCCUGAUGCUCUCCUGCAAAUCCGGCGCCGGAACUCUCCACCUCAUACCUACUCUCCUCAACCUGUGUCCUAGCAUCCUGACUGCUGCUGACAUAGCGGGAAACACUGCACUCCAUCAUGCAUCUGCUGCGGGCGAACUCAAAGCCCUCCGUAUGCUCGUUCAAUAUGGCGCCAACCCCCUUGCCCAAAACGCUUACUCCUGGACACCAGUCCACUACUCUGCCUCCCCCGCCGCCGAAACCUAUUUCAAAUCGAUCAUCAUCGAGUUUGAGAAGAAGAAGGCAGAAGGACAGCGGGAGAAGAGGGAGAGGGAGAGGCAAAGGAACGCCGGGGUGAGGCUAGUCACGGAUGAGGAUGCCAUGGCCGGCAUGGGGGGGAGACAGAGAGCGAGAGACGAUGCGGCAAUUGCAGGACUGCCGGCUCCAGGUAUGGAUUGGAGUCCCGUGGAGAGGAGGAGGGCUAUGACACCUACGGAGGGGAGGAAUGCGGGGUGGUUUGCAGGCGAUGGCAAUAGGGCGAGAGCAAGCAGUGGGGAUUGAUCUAACUUUCGGAUGGGCGUAUGGCGUUUAGGAUAUGGCGUCUGAACCAUCUACUCGGCUGGACCUAGAUAUCUGGGGAAGUUUGCAAAAUAUUUGCACAUUUUGUAUUCCCAAUUGAG